CAACACAGAGCCAGCGUCCCUGCAGACUGGGGCUGGAGCAGAGCUGCUGGCAGGAGCAAUGCAUUGGACGUCUUUCAUUUCUGUCCUUUGCGGCUGCUUGGCGGUUUCCACUUCGUAUUAUCAAUACGUAUCCGUAAGUUUCCGAGCUGGAACCGAUUGCUCUCUGAAGUCGCAGUGGUCCACGAAGGACGUCAUCUCCACGAUAGAGUGGCGGUAUGGGGUCGACCCGGUAGUAGAGUGGAACAGAGACAACAGGUCGGCCGUCUUCCGCGCUCAUCUCCAAGACCGCGCUUUGCUGGACAUCCAAACGGGAGAUCUGAUGAUCAGCAGCACAAGGGCGGGUGACAGCGGGGUUUACACGGUCUUCAUCAACUCCGGUCAAACCCGCAAGAUUAACGUCAGCAUCCUCUCUGCGGUUCCCGUGCCGACGGUCUCCUGGGCCUGCCAGCCGGAGGAUGAGGGGACGAUCUUCUGUGUUUUGACCUGCGAAGGAGACACCAGCGGAGCAGAGCCCGUCCAGUACAGUUGGACCCACCAGCCACAAGCAAACAUCUCAAGUCAUGGAGAUGAGGAUGCAAACAAAACUUUGCCGAAAUCCAUCAACGUUACAAUUGUCGUGGGGUCGGACUCGGAUGUAUUUGUUUGUACCGUCCGGAACACAAUAAGCCUGCAGAACAGCCAGCCCAGCACGCGUCCCUCCACACUGCGAGAAACUCUCCAUCCAAUGAAAGGAGUGGUCGUGUUCACAUCCUUCAUAGUAGCGGUCACAGCAGCCAUCGCGUUACACAGAUGUUGGACAGGAGUCUGGUUCUUUCAUAAAGAAUCAACGCCAUGGCAAUCAGAUUUCUGGAGAAGAAGAAUUAAGGGUGGUGAUGACUCAGAGAACAAUCAUCCCAAGGAACUGGAGGAGUUGAAAGCCAACCCAGAUCCCGAAACACAGCACUGAAGCCCCUGUGACCUCUGGACCAGGGCUCCCUGCCGGGCUUCACAGACCCAGUGAAAGAAGCCACUAUGUAAUCAAUCAAUUGUUAUGAGUGUAAACUUACCACAGAGUAACCGGUGCAUAUUAAGUGUCCCUCCCUGGGUUCUCUGACACAAUAGAAACAGUAUAACUGCAGUCCUGUCUAGCUCAAUUGGUAGAGAAUUGCAUUACCACUGCCAGUUAAUGGGUUAGUGAUUCCAUAGGUGGGUGUAAGACACUGGAGAUAAGUGUCCAUCAAAUGGCAUAUGGAGUUUAAUGUCAGGAAUAAAAUAAAAUACACGUUGGACAUUUAGGUCACUUUACCCUUGGAGCAGUUCUAACUCUGUGGUCCAGGGCUGCAUUGAGCUGAUUAGAGGAGAACACUAUCGUUCUAUUGUUCUCCGAGGGCCGCAGACUCCCACAACAGACACGGUCUUGUUGUAGAAUACAGCAGAUCUGGGGCCGUCACUCGGGUAUGGGUCGCAAUGGGCUGCCAAACCUUCGAUUAGAUCUCCCUCCCUCUUUCUGUGGCUGAAUGCCAUACAUGGAGAGGCGGGUCCGACGACAUUCUGUAUCGACGGAGACAGACAGCUGUUUUAUAGUCUAUGGGCUGUAUACACGCAAACUACAACCUCUGUCUGGGCACCAAGUGCAACUUCUCAGCACCAAAUCUAUGGUGUUACUAUACUGAAGAACAAGUGCAAUGUAGACCCACACCUGUGUCAUGAUACCCCCUGGUAAAUCUGUAUGGAAACGCUCGUAGCAAAAUCAAAAUACAAAAGGACAACGUACAUUUGUGCAUUUAACACUUGAAUGUGUAACAUGUCUGUUUAUAUGUAUAUAUAUCUCACGGUUUACACCUUAUAAUAUAAUGAAGUUGAGGUUUGAUUAAUGCUUGUUUGCCUCAUUUUGAUGUGCUCGGGUUUUGAUGUGAAGCCCAUUUUUACUUGCAUCCAAGUGCUACAUGAAUAAAGUUACGAUAACUUUCUUGAUUUUACAAUAUAUUUCACGAGUCGAUAAAAAAGGUCAAAACAAAGUACUUAUACCAAGAAUUUGAUUUAAUUUCACAAUAUCAAAUUGUACACUGCAUGGCAUCUUAGAAAAAUAAUUUGAUUUGAAGAAAAACAAAAGGAUACGAACAAGGAUAAGAGUUUCACAAGUGUUUAACAUAACCAAAUCGAUUCGAUAUGACAUAUAUAUAAGUGAUCACAUUUUGUUAUUCUGAUGCCUGUGAGAUCUAGUACUCCCAUAUUUCUUCAUCAACUAGACGGGUGGGUGCGACUUCCUCUGUGGUCGUCGUGGCGAUGUCGGGAUCUUUGUCGCCCUGCGUUUCCUCGACCAUUGGAACAGACUCCGCUUGCUCGCUGUUUUGCGUUUUUUCCGAUUCCGCUGGGUUCAUUGCAGUCUGCUCGCUCGCCCCGGUCUCCUUGGCGCCGGACUCGUCACCGUCUGCCUCCGUUUCGGAAGUUCCCUGAAAGUAUGCUAGAGGCUCUUCUGCGGAGACUUCCUGCGUCGAUUUUGCAGUCUUCUCUGCGCUUCCGGUCUGGCGCUCAUCUUCGUCAGCCGCGCAGGCUGAUUGAGGGA